UGGUCUACUCCGAUUCUUGGUCUUAGUGCAAAGAAGAACUUCAUUAAUGUACACCAACGGUUGCUGGUACUACCAACCGUUGUAGUACAUUAAACAUGGUAGGCCAAAUCCAGGUGAUAUGGUUGUGUCUCAGCGUGCCUACAGUAUACUCAGCUACCCAUUACCUGAAAUAUUUCUACACAGCGCUCCCACAAUCUACUGGCCUUCCAGAGUUCAGCGCUGUUGCGUAUUUGGAUGAGCAACCAAUUUAUUUCUAUGACAGCUCUACAAAGCAAGUGGUAGCUCGACAGGAGUGGGUAAAAAUAGCUGUGGAUGCAGACUUCUGGAGAAGAAAUACACAACUUCUUAUGGACACUGAGAAGGUGUUCAAAACCAACAUGGACACUGCAAGAAAACGCUUCAACCAGACAAGUGCCCUUGCAUUGCAGAAAAUGUAUAUCUGUGAGUGGAAUGAGGAAACUGGUGCUACAGAUGGACAUGAACUGUAUGGAUAUGGAGGAGAGGACUACCUGUCAUUUGAUCUGGAGCACGAAAGAUGGAUUGCACCUGUUCUGCAGGGAUUUAAGACCAAAAUGAAGUGGGAGGCUGAUGGUUCUAUGCUUAAAGCCAAAACUCACUAUCUAACCCAUACCUGUAUUGAAUGGCUGAAGAAUUAUGUUUCUAAUCAAAGCAUGUGGGAUAGGAAAGUCCCACCGCAGGUAACUUUGCUUCAGAAAGAACCCUCCGAUCGUGUGACCUGCCAUGCAACAGGCUUCUAUCCAGACGCUACCAUGAUAUUUUGGAGAAGAGAUGGAGUAGAGAUCCAUGAUGAUGAUGUGGAGCAUGAAGAGACCCUGCCUAACGGGGAUGGGACGUAUCAGAAGAGAACCCAUCUCACUGUGUCCCCUGAAGACCUACAGAAGCACAACUACACAUGCACUGUCCAACACAUUAGCGGUGAUGUGGUUCUGUCUGCCAACAGGGACAGCAUUCGCAGCAACAGCAGGUCUGCUAACAGGGACAGCAUUCGCAGCAACAGCAGGCAUACUCAAAGGCAGUACAUCUCCAUCAUCAUUGUCUCAGUGGUCUUUGCAUUGGUCAUCUUUGUUGUUGUGGUUUCCGUAAUGAUACUGAAGUUCAGCAACGGAAAAGGUUUUGACAGAACGUCCAACAGAAACAGAACAGUUUCCUCUCAGUCUGGUGGCUCUGCCGACUCUGCCGACUCUGGCGGCUCUGCCGACUCUACAAAGCCUCUUAUCAAGAAAUUAUAUUAAAAAGGAUGGAAAACAAGCCAACUGCAGUUGGAGUGUCUUCUUUCGUGAUCUUGGAGACCUCAAUUAUCCGUGGAGUUGCAAACUAUAUCAGAGGGUUUGGAAUGUGUGAAUUCAGUAUAUUGGCUACCAUCCAAAGCUCUUGGCUACCACAAAAAAGACAACUUCCUGAUAUUAGGGCUGGCACAAUUGUCAUAUAGUCGUGUAACCGACAAUUAAAUCAAAUCAAAUCAAAUUUUAUUUGCCACAUGCGCCGAAUACAACAGGUAUAGACUUUACAGUGGAAUGCUUACUUACAAGCCCUUAACCAACAAUGCAGUUUUUCUUUUAAAAAUAGUAAAAUUUUAAUAAAAAAACAUUAUACCUGUGCAAAGCAAUGCACACCUCUAGGUUUCUUACAAACUCAUAUUAUUUGUUAUUGUUAUUUGAUUUAUUUGGCUCGCUCUAGCGCUUAAACAAUUGAAGUUAUUAACACGAAACCAACUUCCAAAUGUGCAGACUGCCCCAACUCGGGUUGCUUGAGAAAAUAUGUUUGAUGGCAUUUAUACUUUUUGAACUAUAUAACAAUAUUGUAAAUCAGCUCCGAUGCAGGGAAACGGGCCGUAGACUUGAAUGCUAAAAAGAUUAUUGCAAUUUGUACACAUAUCUCCUCUUUCACCGUUUAUGUUAUCAACUGCCCCAAAUGAGGUUGCUUGAGCGUUUCUUUCAGAUAGCAUUUAUACUUCUUGUACUACAACAAUAUUUAAAUGAGCUCCCAAUGCAUUUUAAUGGCAAUAAAAAUGCCAUAGACUUACAUGGGGGGAAUGUUGAAAUGUAUCUCCUCCUACACCAUUAAGCUGUCAAUUUAUACUUUUCAUACUAUAAGCAUCUAAUUUGCAUACAUUAACAUGGGUUUGAAUUAGACUUAACUAUGAUUAUAUACAUUUGCAUAAAAUAAAUCAAAUUCAAGCUACAUUCACCAAACCAACUUUCAGUAUGUAGGUUAAUGUGUUCUUGGGAAGCCUAACAUGUUGUACAGGUCUGAUAGUAAUAUGCCUAUGUAGGUAAGACAGGGUGUACUGUAUGUCUUAUAGUAGUAUGCCUAUGUAGGUAAGACAGGGUGUACUGUAUGUCUGAUAGUAAUAUGCCUAUGAAGGUAAGACAGGGUGUACUGUAUGUCUUAUAGUAAUAUGCCUAUGUAGGUAAGACAGGGUGUACUGUAUGUCUUAUAGUAAUAUGCCUAUGUAGGUAAGACAGGGUGUACUGUAUGUCUUAUAGUAAUAUGCCGGUGUAGGUAAGACAGGUGAAUUGUGCUGAAUUGUAAGCAAUGAGCUACUUACUGUGAGAGUGUCUGGGAAAUAAUUGUACUUUAUUCUUCUUUCCAGUUUUAACUGUUGUUGUAUUUAUCAGGAACAUAUUUUGUAUUUUCGGGUUAGAAUUAAUGGGGACGUAAAUGUCCCUAUUCUGUUACAUUUAUAUGCUUUUGAUAUACUUUUAUGUGAUUACCUUUACAUUUUAACACAUAUCUGCGGUGAUACACCUUGAAUAUAGCCCUAAGAGUCUGUCACUUUAAACAGGCAGGUUUGUACUCCUAAGGUAACUCAAUUAAUCUUUUAACGUUGACGUGUUUUGACAUUAACUCAGGGAGACCCCUGCCGGAGAAAUACUGCAACUUAUCAUUUAUUUUUUACAAAUAAUAAAGAUGUUAUUGCAUUGCUAAA